AUGAGCACCAGAGGCAACCGAAAGUCCAGAAAAGUGGCCAAAGAGCCUCCCGAGACUCUCAAGUAUGUGCGAUUCGACGGUUUGCGCAAGGCGGCAGAGUUUUCGCUUCAGGAAACCGUCAACAAAUUCAACGUUGAGAAGCUCGUCGAAUGUUAUCCGGGGGUUGAUCGCGAGACUUUGACGGAUUUCCAUCAGCAAAUCACCGAAAUGUGGACCAGCAAAGCCUUGGACGAGUUCCAAGGCAUAUUUCUGGAAAAGGACCUGGAACAAAAACUCAAUGAGCUCGACGAGAUUAUAUUCGAAUCGCGACAACGGCAACAGCGCAACGACCCCCCAUUCCUUAUUCACAAGCUUAGUGCCGGAGAAAUCGUGCAGACAAAACUUGCAGACGCCAAACAGCGGUCGAUCAGCACCCUAAGCGACAAACUUGAGCUGUUGCGACAGGAAAAUGAUGCUCUGGUGAGCCAGGUGAGACAGAUGCACGACGAAAGUGCACAGAAUUUCCAGGCAGUGGAGCAGUCUGUUUUGCAUCUGGAGGAGUUGGACCGGAUGAGGGACCAGCUGAGCGACGAACGGUUCAAACAGCUGCUCAAAUAUAUCACUGAGAAAUGUUUCUAG